AUAUGCACGCCAAUUCAUCAUUUCCGCUGUCCAGCCUCCUUGAGAAGAAAACCAUCUAUACAAGCGUAGGAGCCGACCAUCGGGGCUGAGAUCAACGUAUAGUCUAAGGGCUGAGUUUCUCAAGCCCCUACAUCUACAUAGGCAAGCAUAUCCAUCGUUCUGUAGCGCGCAAGAGCAUCGUCCAUGUGAUAUAUAGGUACGUGAGGUCUGGCCAUGUACUCACUAUGCUGUUUGUUCGUGAGCCCUCUUCCCUUGUACAGGGGGUGUGUUCUUAGUUCUUACUCCUUCAUUCGUUUCAUUCUAGCUAGCUGGCUAUAUAUUACCUCUAGUCUUUUCUUCUCAUUCAUGCAUAUGCAGUUGUGACACAAUAAAAGAAAACCCACACCAGAGGUAGUCGACAUGAUGAUGGUCAUUGGCAAACAUCAGGACGGGUCUCAAGCAAGAGAUUCAAAAUUUCAGGACGUUCAUAUGAGGUCGUCGGAUGUUCAUAGAAGGCUCUGAAUGAAAUUGCUGUUGGUAUAUUCAGGUCACUGAUGGCUCUUGUUGAGAGUCGUCUAAGAUAUAUCACAUGCUUUCAUUGCGAGUUUUCCGUGGCUCAUCAAAGACGGCCGGGGACCCAGUAUAGAUGUACUCAUGACAAAUGAGUUGCAGGUUGAAUAGUGCCAGAUUAGAUCAACUACGUAGCCGCACCAAGUUGGCCCAUCCAUUGGCCAGCGGGCUGCGAAAACCUCUUCACACAAAGUCGAUAAUAUUCAACCAAUGGGGCGCCAGAAGCCAGUCAAGUCACGCGAUGUGCACCCUCCAGUGCCACCAGGGUUCAUCGAAAAGCUUGGGGUAUCGGAUGGAAUAUGCCUCAUAGCAGUGACGUGCACACUGGCCAGCUGUCUCGUCAAUUUCCAAGUGUCUCGAUUAAGCGAUGAUGGUUUUACCAACAAAGAAUAUAGUGAGUUGGUAACCGGCACAAUGGAGGUUGCCAUCUGCGGCCCAUAUAUAGUUGUGAAAUCACACGAGUUCAUGCCCAAAUGGACGCCGGCUAUGCUUGCGCCAUUGAAGUCAUGGAUCACAUGCGGUCCUAAUGUCCAGAUUUUCAGAGACACAGUCAUUCUUGUGCUCAUAGCUUACGUGAUAUUAGUGGACAUCAGCUUGAGCUUCGUCUGGCUCGCCAUCUUUCCAGUCAUAGCUCUUGUUUUCAUACGAGCGCUGCACCUCAAGUUCAAUCGGCGUACAGGGGGCAGCAGUCGUAAAGUUAAUCAAGGAUCUUCUCUCGUCGUCGUCGAGACUAAAAUGACAACCAUGGAGGUUGGGAUCAUAGUGGUGAUGACACUGGGGGCGCUAUUGGGUAUGGACCAGCUUCCCGACCAUGCAGCUGCCCGGUUCACCAUCUCACAGUUCCUCCUGUUCCUAAGCUGCACGGUGGCGGCAUUGACGCGCAUGGUGAUGAAGCUACCAGCUGGCGCCUCUCCGGGCAUAGCACUGGCGACGGAGAUGCUCCACAAGACCCUGCUUCUCCUCCUGCUGGCGACGGCGCACACGGCGGCCGCAGAGUGGCUGGGCGAGGAUGCUGUUCUGCUAUGCUUGCCGGAGGUCAUUCCUGUGCUUCUCUGGUUCAGCCUCCACCUCGACCGUAAACCAGGCAGCAGCUCCAUCAUCAGCGUCAACAAGUUGAAACCAUACAGAAAUAGGCUCAUCUUCCUCGGUGCAAUGGUGGUAGCUCCUCCUUUUGCUUACCUGGCCAACUCCAUGGAUGAAGUUGGGCUCUCCGGCUGGUCUACGACAUUCCAGGUGUCAUGCGGCGUCUCAGGGAUUCUGACCUACUACCUUGUGUUCAUGCUAAGUCACUGGCCGAAGAAACAAGUAGCAGAUGCUGGCAAGGAUGGUGGGGCUUCCGGUAUGCUCAAAUUAUGGGCAUACGCUUUACUCAUAGCGGCGGCUGCGUCCCUACUGCUCAAGUGUCUGGUUUCUGCCAGGCUUGGUCUGCAACUACCACUGCAUGAAACGGUUAUGUAUGUUAGUAAUGUUUUGGGUUUUAACUACUCAAAUUAGUAUAUAUAUCAAAUGUUGUGUUGUGUUUGUAAAAUACACGGUGCUGUAUGUGUGUACAUACGUACAUACAUAUAUGGCGGCAUGUAUGUGUGUCAGUUUGCAUGUUAAUACUGGGGUCUUGGGUGCA